UUUUGCCAUAAUCCACAAAUAUUCAAACUGUGUUUCACUGUCCUCUCUCUGGAUUCAGACGUCCAUGUUCUUCAUUGGAUGAGCGGCUGUGAGGGGAACAUGCAGCCCAACGGCAGCAUUACGUUUCACCGUGGUAAGGACAUGUACAGCUACGAUGGAAACGACUUCUUGUCCUUUAAUCACACCAACAAAGUCUGGGUUGCUUGGACUGAAGCGGCCAUCUGGACAAAGGAGAAGUGGAAUAACCAGGUCCUAAUAGAAGUCACCAGGCAGUACCUGGAGAACGAGUGCAUUGAUUCGUUGAGGAAUCUUGUGGCUUAUCAGCGAAUGCGCCUUCAAAAUGCCCCUCCACCUGAGGUCUUCAUGUUCUCAAAAAACACCACUGUUGCGUCAAAGGUCAUGUUGACGUGCCUGGCCACAGGUUUCUACCCAAAAGACAUCAUCCUGAACAUCAAGAGAAACGGUCGUGUUCUAACUAAAGAGGACAGAGUGUUUUCCUUUAGCGUUCGACCAAAUGAAGACGACACCUUCCAGAGAAGAGACAGUGUGGAGAUUUUAAGGAGGGACACAUCUACAUUCACCUGUGAAGUGAUUCACCGUGCAUCCAGGUUACAUGUUGAGAAGGAAUGGGAUCAUAAACUCCCUCCUGGACCUGAAGGACUUGGACCCAUCAUUGGUGGAGUUGUAGUGCUGCUCGUGUUGGGCGUAGUCAGUGUGGUGCUGGCUGUCUUGUGCAAAAAAGGCAUAAUUGCUGCUGCCAACAAUGGACCCAACUCUGCUCAAAAUGUAC